GACAUAUCGGCCGGCUGAUAUAUCGGCUCGACAUAUCGGCCAACCUCCAAUCAGCACCCAUACAGCUAACACAAGUUCUUUAUAUAUCGGCUACAUAUUGGCCGAUCUUGAAAAAAGUCCGUAUAUCGGUCCGAUAUAUCGGUCAACCUUUAAUUUCACUUUCUCUCUGGAUAGUAAUUGGCCAUUCACCCGGCAAAAGUAGCAACAUCCACUUGACAUCUGAGCUGAAUUAGCACCACGUCGACUCAGUUGACAUGCUCCAGUGUUUCCAACACAGACAUAUAAACACACAAACUGUCUUUAUUUAUACUAAAUACAGUACGGACAGUAUAGAGAGCGUGGGUGUGUAAUGGUGACUAAUCCAAUUUGCUGUCUUAUUCUGGAUCUGGAGUUUGUCACAGAGCCCUUAAUCUCUGUGGCAAGAACGUUACAUUAUUCCUAGCCGAUUUUUUUUUUUGCCAAUAUGAGCCAUUUGCGAUUUCUACUGAAUGAGUAUGACGAGUAAACGCGAGGCGAUCUUCAUUCUCAUAUCUCCGCUUAAGCCCAACUCGAGAGGCGGCGGCGACGCUCCGGACUACCGUUUAGCCGGGCUCCCUCCAUUCAUUCACUCAGGCUUGCGUGUUGCCGUGGGAUACGCCUGUUGCUGAGCACGAUGUCGGAGCACAUGCAGCUCUCGCUCGCCUUGUGCAGGAUUGGGCUUUACAGGUGUUUCCGGGCACUGUGCUGUAAAGGACCGCCACCGCCAAGACCGGAGUAUGAUGUGGUGUGCAUCGGCCUGACGGGUGCCGGAAAGACCAGCCUGCUCUCGCGCCUCUGUAGCGAAGGAGGCGACGGAAUCGUUCCCACAACAGGUUUUAGCAUCAAAGCAGUGCCAUUUCCCAACGCCAUCUUGAAUGUAAAGGAACUCGGAGGAGCUGACAACAUCAAGAAAUAUUGGUGUCGCUACUACCAGGGGUCGCAGGGUGUCGUCUUCGUAUUGGACAGCGCUUCAUCAGACGAAGACCUUGAGGCGGCGCGUAACGAGCUGCACUCGGCCCUGCAGCACCCUCAGCUCUGCACGCUGCCUUUCCUCAUCCUCGCCAAUCACCAGGACAAGCCCGCUGCAAGGACACCAAACCAGAUAAAGAAGUAUUUUGAGCUGGAACCGCUGGCCCGGGGCAAGCGCUGGAUCCUGGACGGCAGCAGCACAGACCACGUGGACGCCAUAAAGGAAAGCUUCGCUCAGUUCAUUGGCCUGCUGGAAGACAAAGACGCGCCGGUGGCCAGGAUAUGACGGCGUCUAUUCGCGCCCAGAGACACGUAUGGCGUCCCGCGCCGAUGUAUCCGCGCCCCCCUUUCUUCAGGACUACCUUCCAGGGGCCUUCAGAACCACGUAGAACCUCGUCGUUAUGACGCACCGCGUGCCGAGGCGGGCUUCGCUGUCCCUGUUGACGCGCGCACACAAAAUGGAGCCCAGGUUGUCUGUAGAUAAAUUCAACUCUUUCACGACUUUUCACAAUGUCCGAGUGGGAACCUUGACGUUUGUUUCCACUCCAUGUGUGUCAUGUACAUAUCAUGGUUACAUAUUAGUGGCUAUGUUUACAUGGACAAAAUUUACUUAAUCUGAUUAGUAUUUGGAUUAAAAUGAUGAUCGGUUGAACUGUUUUCGAUUUGCGUCUUUGCAGAUGGUUGCUGCCUUCAUGUGGUGUUGCAAUUAUGGUUAGCUAAGUUAAGUAAACUAAGUUUUUGAGAUUUAUCGUCAAUUUGCGUGUUUUUUUUUGGGGGGGGGGGCACCAUCCUAAAAACAUAGUGUACACAUUUAUAAAAAAUCUUAUUUUUAAACAACGUGUUCGCUAAAGUGUUCAGUUACAAACAAAAACUUGAACUUAAGAACAUGCUAUUAAUUACAAAUGUGGUAGUUUUCAUCUUUCCUACGGCAUGUGAAGGCAGCAUUUACCGGGGAUAGUAGUAAAAGAAAAAAAAAAGCCCUACUGAAUUCCGUGUCAACAAAACAUCGUUCCGUCCAUUUCGACAUUAAACAUUAGUGUUAUAUCGUGUACCCCCCCCCCCCCCCCCCCCCAAAACCAUAAAGCCUUUCAACAUUUUAAAGAUCUUAUAAAAUCUCCAGCAACAUGUUGGUCACGGACAGUGGUGGAUGAACUACUCACUUUUUAUGAAGUAAAAGUACAAAUAGAGGGGCAAAUAUGUGAUAUAUACAGUGCUGGCCAAAAGUAUUAGCACCCCUGCAAUUCUGUCAGAUAAUGCUUAAUUUAUCCCAGAAAAUUGUGCAAUUACUAAUGCUUUCUUAGUAAUAUCUUCAUUGAUUUUGCUUAUAAUGAAAAAACACCCCCCAAGAAAAUGGGGGAAAAAAUUAAAUCAUUAUCAUGUUACACAAAACUUUUUUUAAAAAAUGGCUGGACAAAAGUAUUGGCACCCUUUGAAAAGUCAUGUGAUGCUUCUCUAAUUUGUGUAAGCCCCUGUUACUUACCUGUGGCACAUAACAAAUGGUGGCAAUAACUAAAUCACACGUACAGCCAGUUAAAAUGGAUUAAAGUUGACUCAACCUGUGUCCUUGUGUGUACCACGUUGAGCAUGGAGAAAAGAAAGAAGACCAAAGAACUGUCUGAGGACUUGAGAAGCAAAAUUGUGAGGAAGCAUGGGCAAUCUCAAGGCUACAAGUCCAUCUCCAAAGACCUGAAUCUUCCUGUCUACCGUGCGCAGUGUCAUCAAUAAGUGUAAAGCCCAUGGCACUGUGGCUAACCUCCGUAGAUGUGGACGGAAAAGAAAAAUUGAUGAGAGAUUUCAUGAAAGAUGUGGAUUACCUACCUAGAAAAGAAAGAAUUGACGAAAGAUUUCAACGAAAGAUUGUGCAGAUGGUGGAUAAAGAACCUUGACUAACAUCCAAACAAGUCCAAGUUGUCCCGCAGUCCGAGGGUACAACAAUGUCAACCCGUACGUUCCGUCGGCGUCUAAAUGAAAAGGGACUACCCAGGAAUACCCCACUUCUGACAUAAAAAAGCCAGGCUGGACUUUGCCAAAACUUACCUGAGAAAGCCAAAAACAUUCUGGAAAAAUGUUCUCUGGUCAGAUGAGACAAAAGUAAAGGGUUUUGGGUAAAGGCAUCAACAUAGAGUUUACAGAGGGAAAAAACGACACCUUUAAAGAACAGAACAAGGUCCCCGCAGUCAAACAUGGCGGCGGUUCCCUGAUGUUUUGGGGUUGCUUAGCUGCCUCUGGCACUGGACUGCUUGACCGUGUGCAUGGCGUUAUGAAGCCUGAAGACUACAAACAAAUUUUGCAGCGUAAUGUGUGAGAAAUCUGGGUCUCCCUCAGAGGUCAUGGGUCUUCCAGCAGGACAAUGAGCCAAAACACACUUCAAAAAGCACUAGAAAAUGGUUGGAGAGAAAGCACUGGAGACAUGGCCAGCAAUGAGUCCAGACCUGAAUUCCGUAGAACACCUGUGGAGAGUUCUGAAAAUGGCACCCUUCAAAUCUCAGAGACCUGGAGCAGUUGGCCAAAGACGAAUGGUCUAAAAUUCCAGCUAAGCAUUGUAAGAAACUCAUUGAUAGAUACCGGAAGCGGUUGUUCGCAGUUAUUUCGUCUAAAGGUUGUGCUACCAAGUAUCAGGCUGAGGGUGCCAAAACUUUUGUCCGGUUCAUUUGUGGAGUUAUGUGUAAAAUGGUAAUGAUUUCAUUUUUUUCCCCAUUCUCUUUUGUGUUUUUUCAUUGCGAGCAAAAUAAAUGAAGAUAUUCAGGGGUGAAAAACGUUUGAAUUUCUUGCCGGAACUCCCCGACAUGAAGGUCGCCACGGAGCCAGAAAUUUUAUUUAUUUAUGUUUGGGUGGGGUCGGGGGUCAAAACUACUGAAAUGCAAAGAAAACUGUUUUGGUCAGUUAGUUCCAUAACACAUACAAAAACUGAUUUUCAUUCAAAAUUGUAUUCUUUUCAAUGAUUUGCAAAAUAAAAGUUAACAAAAACAGCUAUAACCCCAAUCUCAAUCUCCAAAUUUUUAUUUUCCCUCAUUUCCUCACAUGCUAAAUGUCAAAUCGCACUUUUAACUACUAAAGAACAUAGGAUGUAACGUAUAUUAAAAUUGAAGACAAUGUAAAUGUAUUUUUAAUAAUAAAGACAUAAGUAACAUACAUUCAGAAAAAUAAGUACAAAUGACAUAUUAUGCAGAGUGAAAUGGAAUAUAUUUUGAAGAUCGCGCAACAUGGACUUUUUUAAAUCAUAAGGAAAUACAGUGCCUUGCAAAAGUAUUCGGCCCCCUUGAACCUUGCAACCUUUCGCCACAUUUCAGGCUUCAAACA